AUGUUCUCGAAUACCAAGGAUGCUACCUUAUGUAGACCAAUGCCUUCAUUUGAAAUUGUAUAUGUUGAGAAUGGAAUUUUUCACGAUUUCACCUUUGAUAAUUAUUUAGGGAAAUACAUCGUUUUGUUCUUUUACGAUAUAAAGGAUAAUCCUAAAGUUUGUCCCGAAGAGAUCAUUACAAUAUCCAAGAAUAUGAAAUUAUUCAAAGAAUUAGAUGUGGUUUUAUUAGCGGUAUCAAAUGACAAUGUUUUCACGUAA